UUGUUGGAUGUACCGUCGACGAAUCUAGGGUUUUAAUGAGCCACCGUGUUUCAAUUCUAUCAUCACAUAUUUCACCUGUCUCCGCCGUCAUGGCUUCCGAGAAAGAAGCUGCUCUCGCCGCCGCCACUCCUUCCGACGAUUCUCCCACCAUAUUUGACAAGAUCAUUAGCAAAGAAAUCCCAUCCAACGUGGUUUUUGAGGAUGACAAGGUUCUAGCUUUUAGGGACAUAACGCCUCAGGGUCCUGUUCACAUCCUCCUUAUUCCUAAAGUGAGGGAUGGCCUAACUGGCCUCUCUAAGGCUGAGGAAAAGCACAUCGACAUCUUGGGCCGCCUUCUCUACACUGCCAAGCUUGUAGCAAAACAAGAAGGCCUAGCAGAGGGUUUCAGAAUUGUUAUCAAUGAUGGUCCUCAAGGCUGUCAAUCGGUGUACCACAUUCAUGUUCAUCUCAUUGGAGGACGCCAAAUGAACUGGCCUCCUGGCUAAAAGGUCUUCUUGAAGUGGAUUGUUGUCCUGAUAAUAAGAUUCAGAGGGACGCUUAGAGUUUGCUCCCGUUUUCUUCUACUGUCUCUAAUCUCUAUAAAUAAAAUAAAAUAAGCUUGGGACAUGACUUUUAUGAUUGUAAUGCAAGACCUUGUUUUAUGUUAUGAAAAGGAUGUUUUUACUAUUUUCUCUUCUGGAAUCUUGUGCUUGCUUUA